UAAAUAGACAGAAAAGUAAAAAGACAGACAGAAAAAAUGAAUAACUCUCAAUGUUUGACUAUAAGGGUAUUCAUUCAGUUUGAACGCUACUUUAUUAUUAUUAAGGGUAUUAUUUGUCUCUCUCUCUCUCUUUUUGAGAAUACAAUUUAUAUAUAGAGAGAGCAAAAUAAUUCUCUCGUCAUCUUUAUCUUCCUCCUUAUCUUCAUCUUCCCAGUAAAGUUCUAGUUAUAUUUACUUUUAUCUUCCCUAGAAAAACUUAUCUUUCCUCAUCUCAAGUUUAUCAUUGUUAUUAUGCAAAGUAAAUGUUUCUAUGUGUGAAUUGCAAGUGUUGCGAGAUUCAUAUUUAUUAUACACUCUGUUUAUCAUCCUAAUCAUCAUUAUCACCAUUGUUUAUCAUCAAUCUUACACAUUCAUGAUGAACUUUCACAGAAAACUGACCACUGACCAGUAGCAUUUCAUUUCGUAGCAACAGUGAACAAUAAUAUUCAAGUUCAACGAAAAUGAUUAAAAAUUUUGUUAUCAAAGUGAAAAUAAUGUUUCUCUUUAGACAAACAAUUAGUUGAUUAUUUUUUUGAUCAAUUUCCCAAGUGAUUUCUCAUGUCAUAAUCAAUCUGAUUAAUCCAUUCGGAUACUUAAUAUUGUGUUGAUUAAAGUUACAUGAUUGAAAAUGGUUAAUGUGGACAAUCAUUGGAUUAGGAUUAAGAUUAAAUGUGUUGUGUUGAUUACAAUGAUUAUGAUGAAUUAUUGUUCAAGUGAGAAACAUGUUAUUGGUUAUAUAACCGGAAGUAGACGUCGACCCGGUGAUGAGAAAUAUCCGAGACCUGGAAUAACAAUUUCCGGUGCAAUCAGUUUAGCCAUUCACGAUAUAAGUAAUUACCAUCCAUUGAUUGCUAAUCAUACUCUUGAUUUUAUUGUCGCUGAAACUUUUGGCGAUGAAUCUGAAAGUAUCAGGCUAACAGCUGAAUUGUGGGCUGAGGUCAAUGUUUCUGCUUAUAUUGGACCUCAAGAGACUUGUGUCCAUGAGGCUCGAAUGGCGGCUUCGUUUAACCUUCCAAUGAUAUCCUAUUUCUGUACCCAUCCUGGAACAUCGGAUAAACAGUUAUUCCCGACAUUUGCUCGAACUCGACCUCCCGACACUCAAAUAUCCAAAUCAGUGGCCUCCGUUUUACUCAAAUUCAAUUGGCAUAAAGUUGCUCUUCUUUACUCUCAAAGUGAAUCUGAUGAACGAAACUUCGAGGCCGUUGCUCGAACAGUUCAAUCAACUUUGGCUGCGAAUAAAAUUGAGGUUCAAUUUAUCAGUAGAUGGACAACAACUUAUCAUUAUGGUUAUACUGAUAAUCCUUUCAGUGACCUUGUUGAACGAUCCUAUCGACACACAAGAAUCUAUGUUGUUGUAGGUCAUUAUUAUGAGCAUCUUGGAUUUAUGAUGAGCCUCGAAGAGAAAGGUUUACUCGAGAGUGGACAAUAUUUCGUGGUGGGAGUAGAUGUUGAACAUUACAAUAGCCAAGAACCACAAAUCUAUUUCAAAGGUCUCCUAAAAGAUCAGAUUAAUCAAGUUGCUCAGAAAAGUUUCCAAUCAUAUAUCGGUGUUGUUUCAUCGCCUUACAUUGGAUCUGAAUCAUUUUCCCUCAAAGUUAAUCGUUACCUUCAAAUGCCUCCGUUCAGCAUUCCCAAUCCACUUGGUUCAUUUGGUGGCCUUAAACGGGUACCUGCUGAUGCCGCUUAUCUUUACGAUGCUGUUUUCAUUUACGCUCGAGCCCUUAAUGAAUGUCUAAUCGAUGGUAAUAACCAUCGAGAUGGUAAAUUGUUACUUUCAUAUAUACGAAAUCGUCCAUAUAAAAGUGCAAUGGGUUAUAUGGUUUACAUGGACCAAAAUGGCGACGCUGAAGGUAACUAUACCUUAAUUGCUCGUAAAAAACGUGAUGGUAAAUAUGGACUUCAUCCAAUUGGAGUAUUUCAAAUGCCGAUUAAUUCAUCAGAUUUACCGAGUCUGAAUUUAGUUGAUUCAGUUGAAUGGGUAUCUGAUUAUCCUCCUGCUGAUGAGCCUCAUUGUGGAUUUGACGGUGAUAAAUGUAAAGAACCACCAUUAGAAUGGUUUUUUGCCUUAAUUGCGAGUGUAAUUGCUGUAAUGGCAAUAUUAAUGAUGAUCGGUUAUCGAGCUUGGAUUUAUGAACAAGAAUUGGACAGUUUAUUGUGGCGAGUUGAUUUUAAAGAUGUCAUUGUCCGAGAAACUGUUCCAAUUACUAAAUUUUCAAAGCUUAGAUACUCUUCACAAGUUUCCCUUAAUUCAGCAAGUGACAUACUCGAGUUUCGUUAUUGUCACUUGUACACUCAAGUCGCGUUUUAUAAAGGACGAUUAGUGGCCUUAAAAAGAAUAAACAAGAAAAAUGUUGUCAUUAAUCGUGAAUUAAAAAUCGAAAUGAAAUUAAUGAAGGAUAUACGACACGAUAAUCUGAACCAAUUCAUCGGUGCCUGUGUUGAUGCUCCUAAUAUUUCAAUAUUAACUGAUUAUUGUACAAGAGGGAGUCUAAAGGAUGUUUUACAAAAUGCUGAAGUUCAUCUUGAUCACAUUUUCAUCGCUUCAAUGGUUGGUGAUAUUAUAAGAGGAAUGAUUUAUCUUCACGAAUCAGCUAUACAUGUUCAUGGUAAUUUAAAAUCAUCUAAUUGUUUAGUUGAUAGUCGAUGGGCUGUUAAAAUUUCGGACUUUGGUUUGAAUGAAUUGAAACAUGGUGAAGUCGUUAAAAUGGCCGAUUUUGAAAAAUAUUGUGAAAGUUUAUUGUGGAGAGCACCUGAGUUGAUCCAAUUGUCUGGUGGUAAUUUAUUUACCGGUAAUCAGAAGGGCGAUUCAUAUUCAUUUGGAAUGAUUCUUUAUGAGAUUCUAAGCCGCCAGGGACCUUGGGGUGGGUGUAAUUUAUCAGCUUCCGAGAUAAUCACUUCGCUUAUUAAUCCAAAGCUAACAAGUAAACCGAUUCGACCUCCGGUUGAUUAUCUUCGUGAUAAAUUAAGAUUAACCUCUCGUUAUAAUGGAUGUGGUACCAUUAGUAUUAAUUCAAUCAAUAAUAAUGCCGAUGAUUAUGGUAAUAUUAAUAAGAAUCAGUUGACCAAUUAUAUGUACGAUAUUUGUAUCUCUUGUAUGGAAUCGUGUUGGUCUGAGAAUCCCGAUGAUAGGCCAGAUUUUAAGAUGAUACGAAAUCGACUGAAACCAAUUAAAAGAGAUCUAAAAAGUAAUAUUCUUGAUAAUAUGUUGGACAUGAUGGAAAGAUACACAACUAAUUUAGAGGCGCUGGUUGAUGAGCGAACUGACCAAUUGGUCCAAGAGAAAAAGAAAACGGAAGAUUUACUUUAUGAGAUGUUACCUAAAGCGGUGGCUGAUGAGCUUCGCCGUGGACACAAAGUUGAAGCGGAAUCUUUUGAAUCGGUGACCGUGUUUUUCAGUGACAUCGUUGGAUUUACUCGAAUGUCCGCUCAAUCGACUCCCCUUCAAAUUGUUGACUUUCUCAAUGAUUUGUAUACACUUUUUGAUUCGAUCGUUGAAUCUUAUGAUGUUUACAAGGUGGAAACCAUUGGUGAUGCUUAUAUGGUUGCUUCCGGUUUACCGAUUAGAAAUGGUGAUCUACAUGCUUCCGAAAUCGCUUCCAUGGCGUUACACUUGUUGGAUGCUGUUCGAAAAUUUAAAAUUCGUCAUAUACCAGAGGAAAGUCUUCUCAUGAGAGUGGGUAUUCAUAGUGGUCCUGUUUGCGCUGGUGUGGUUGGUGUUAAGAUGCCUCGAUAUUGUCUUUUCGGCGAUACUGUUAAUACAGCGUCAAGAAUGGAAACUACAAGUUUACCGUUGAAAAUUCAUGUUACCGAUUCGUUUCGUUCAAUUCUUGUGAAAUUGGGUGGUUAUGAUCUGACGGAACGAGGUUUGGUUCCAAUUAAGGGUAAAGGUGAACUUAAGACAUUUUGGUUACUCGGAGAGUCUCGGGAAAGGUUAAACUCUCGUCGUUCAAUUGUCCAUCCUCGAGAUUCAAAGGAUCAACGAUGUCACUUUAAAAGUCUUAUGAGCACGAUGACCACAUCAGGGUCACUUGGAUCGUCGACAUUGAUCAGUCCUGUUAGCAUUAUAAGCGGUGGACUUAUAACUAGGAAAAGUUCACCAGUCACACUGCCAAAUAGUCCAGUUCGUACAAGCCCAGUUUUCAAUCGUUCCGAAUCUCAGAUGAGCAGAAAAGCAUUUGCUAACAGUAACAUCGGAGAGAGUAAAAAAUGUUCACUCGAAAUUGGUACAUUAGAACUCAGUUCUAAUCCAUCGUCCAAGUUACAAAACCAUUCAAAUUUUCACAGAGCGAGUUUCGGUUACAAAGUGUUAACCUCUUCGUGUGAGAUUAAAAUGCUCCAGAAACGUUCAGUAUCUUCACUUAAUCGUCUUUUUCCAAUGAGAUCGAGUCAACAUCGAACUGGUUUCGACGAAACUUUCUCCGAUUUCGAUCUAACCGAUUUAACCGGAAGGCCGAAAACAUCGGCAACUUCACCAUCUUUAUCCUAUGUAACCAAAUCAACGGCAUCAACAUCAAUCAAAGUGUCACGAUUAACGACAACAAGUUCAGUUAACAAUUUAAUCGAUGAACAGAAUCGACAUUUAAAGAGACAAAAAGAUCGACUAAUCUCAACUCGAUCAGUUUCACCUAAUUACAUUCAAUAUAAUUGUAGUAAUAAUUAUAAUCAUCACAAUCAACCUCAACAUCAUACUCACAAUAAUAGUAAUAAUAAUAACAAUCAAUCUAAUCAAGAUGGUGAUCAAUCAUUGAAAAUGGUUUCAAGUGAAUCUAAAAUUUAUGUUAAUCGAGUUGACCUUGUAUUAGAACCGUUCAAAAAGUUUCGAGGUUCUUUGAAGGAUAUUUUCUAUUCAAAUAAAAAGUUAUCUUCCUCAUCAUCAUUACAAUCAUCAAUUGGAAUCCAUGAUAUAUCAAGAUCAGAAAGUUUCCCUUUCCUUUAAACAAUUGUCAUCAAAAUAAUUAAUUAAUCAACCGAAAGAAAAUGAAAUGAAACAAUUUGUAAAUAAAUCAUUUACAUUGUGUGAUAAUCAAAUUGUCACAAUCAAAGUGUCUUAAUUGUAAUAAUAACAAUCGAUUGGAAAAUCAAUAAAAUUGAUUAACUUGA